AUGACAAAGAACGCUUCAGAAUUGAGAAAAAACGAACCAUUUAUUAGAAAAAAUCCAACUCCAAAGGAUCAGAUGCAUUGUAUUUUGUAUGUUGUGAAAGCCUCAUCAAACCUCUCUACUAAAGUUUCUCCAGUUGUGGAGCUGAUGCAAGAUGUACGACAGUUAAUCCUAGAAGAUGACGUUCGACAAUUUGCUUUAGUAACGCAUAUUGAUAAAGUCGGAGUUCCUAAAGACGACAUGGUGAAUGCUCUGCAAUAUUCCUGCGUCUACGAUAUCUGUCAAAAAGUGUCUGAAGUUUUUCAGCUUCCUCAAAGUCAUGUCAUUCCUGUGUCCAACUACUUUGAUUCUGAAGAUCCAGGCGACGCAAAAAAUGCUAUGGCUCUAAAAGCUUUCUGGCGUAUCUUUAAAUCCGGGCGUGACUAUAUUAGAGAAAACUGGGGGGAUGAAAACCUUUUUGAGGGACAUGAUAGCUCUGAAUAGAUAUAUUAUCGAAUAUAACGUGCUUAUUAUGUGCAUUUUACAGAUUGUUACAUGUAUUAUAGGUGUUAUUAUAUAUAUAAUAAUUUUACCAAAAGGAAAUAUUAUACUGAUGUCAAAAAACAAAAACAAAAAGGUAUUGUACAUGUGGAAAAGACAGCUUGUCCUAAAAACUUCAGCAUACUUCUUGAAUUUAAAACAUUUAAGAUUUGAUGAUAAUUUAAAAAAAUUCAGGUAUUUUUAUAGGCACUUAAGAAUUAUUUUCUAAAUUUUUAAAACAUUUUUGAUUCAAAUUAUGAAAAUCAUUUUCUAUAGAUUAUAAAGAAUUAAACGGUUUUCAAGGUCAUUUGAAACGAUAUCAUGAUGAUAUUGAGUUUUAUACAGGGAAUGAGUUCAUAAAAUCGAAUGUGUUUAUAUUUGCUAGCGUGUACAUAUUCAGGUUAGAGACUCGAGAAUGAAUGAUUUUCUUCAUCGAUCUACAUCCAAGUAUAAUAUUAUUUUAAUAUAUGCAUGUAUAUAUAUUUUGUUUCAAUUAUUUUUAAUGAAAUUGUCAAAUUAAAAAACGAACUGAUAAAUUUUGGUUUAUGCAAUUCAUAAUGAUUUUAUUAAAUAUGCAAUAAAUGCUGCCUCAUUU